AUGGCCGCCGCCGCUUCGUCUCCCGCUGCCGCGGGGGCUCCGGCGGCAAUCACCGCUCCGGCGGUGGUGGCGCUGCCCCUCACUGAGAGUAAGAAAAUUACCGAUCUGCGGGUCAUCGAUCUCAAGUCAGAACUGAAGCGGCGCAACCUGGACAUCACUGGGGUGAAGACCGUGCUCAUAUCCCGGCUCAAGCAGGCUAUUGAAGAGGAAGGAGGCGAUCCAGAUAAUAUUGAAAUAACUGUUUCAGCUGAUACACCCACCAAGAAACCAGCUAAAGGCAAAGGUAAAAAGCAGGAAGCUGAUGAAUUAACUGGUGAUGCUUCAGUCGAAGAGGAUUCCUUUGUCAAGGUAAAAGAAAGUGAACUGGAGACUCAAGAUACAAGUGAUCAAGAUGGAAAUGAGGAACUAAAAGACAUUAAAGAAUCUGUUGAAGAUGAAAACUUGAAUUCUAAAGAACUACCAUCUGCAGAAAAAAAAAGACACCACAAUCCAGAGCCAGCAGAGACAACAGAAGAUGCAGAAAAGGAUUCUGAAAAUCAGGAUAAUGAAGGGCAAGACAUAGAAGACUACACUUUUCCAGCUGUCCAUGAUGGCGAGGAUGAAGAAAAUGAGAAAGAUAAAGCAGGUUCUGGUGAUGGUACACAAGAAGUAUCUAAACCUCUUCCUUCAGAAGAAAGCCUAGCUGAGGCUGAUCACACGGCUCACGAAGAGAUGGAAGCUAACACCUCUGUGAAAGAAGCUGAGGAUGAUAACAUAUCGGUUACAAUCCAGGCUGAAGAUGCCAUCACUCUGGAUUUUGAUGGUGAUGAUCUCCUAGAAACAGGUAAAAAUGUGAAAAUUACAGAUUCUGAAGCAAGUAAGCCAAAGGAUGGGCAGGAUACCAUUUCACAGAGCCUGGAGAAGGAAAGCAAGGACUAUGAGAUGACUGAGAACCAUAAAGAUGGUAAGAAGGAAGACUGCGUGAAGGGUGAUCCCGUCAAGAAGGAAGCCAGAGAAGGUUCAAAGAAAGCAGAAUCAGGAGACAAAGAAAAGGAUACUUUGAAGAAAGGUCCCUCGUCUACUGGGGCCUCUGGUCAAGCAAAGAGCUCUGCUAAGGAAUCUAAAGAAAGCAAGACAACAUCAAAGGAUGAUAAAGGAAGUGCAAGCAGUGUUAGUGGUAGCAGUGGAAGUUCAACUAGAAACCUGUGGGUUAGCGGACUGUCUUCCAACACAAAAGCUGCUGACUUGAAAAAUCUCUUUGGCAAAUAUGGAAAGGUACUUGGUGCAAAGGUGGUCACAAAUGCACGAAGCCCAGGGGCAAAAUGUUACGGCAUAGUAACAAUGUCUUCUAGCACAGAAGUGGCUAGAUGUAUUGCACACCUUCAUCGAACAGAGCUGCAUGGACAACAAAUUUCUGUUGAGAAAGUGAAAGGUGAUCCUUCCAAAAAAGAAUUGAAGAAGGAAAGCGAUGAGAAAUCUGGUUCAAGUAGAAGCAUGGGAGAUAAGAAGACUACAUCAAGUGAUAAAACGAGCAAAACUCCGUCAACCAAAAAAGAAGAAAAGAAAUCUGAGAAGUCUGAAAAAAAAGAAAGUAAAGAAGCCAAGAAAACAGAAGGUAAAGAUGAGAAGAGUGAUAAUGGAGCAAGUGGCCCUAAUCAAGAAUCCAGUAAAAAAACUGAAGAAAAGAAAAGAAUAAGUGGUAAAAGCCCAGGUCAAAUUGUAGUUUUAGACCAAACGAAAGGAGACCAAGGCCACACUAGGACAUUUAGAAGGGGAAGGUUUGAUAAACCACAGAUAUUGAGGAACAAAGAGCGUAUUAUUCAAGAUAAAGUGAAAUUCAGGGAAUACAGGAGCAGAAAGGAUAUCUUGCCGUUCGAAAAGAUGAAGGAGCAGAGAUUACGAGAACACAUGGUUCGGUUGGAAAGAAUACGACGAGCUGUUGAACUCCGAAGGCGAAGAGAAAUUGCAGAGAGGGAGCGUCGUGAAAGAGAACGCAUACGAAUAAUGCAUGAACGAGAAGAAUGCUUGCAGAGAGAAAGGGAACGGUUAGAAAUUGAAAGGCAAAAGCUAGAGAGGGAAAGGAUGGAACGGGAGCGUUUGGAAAGAGAGCGUGUUCGUAUUGAACAGGAACGUCGAAAAGAAGCAGAGCGUAUUGCUCGCGAAAGGGAGGAACUUCGUCGACAACAGCAGCAACUUCGUUAUGAACAGGAAAAGAGAAAUUCUUUGAAACGUCCCCGUGAUGUAGAUCACAGGAGAGAUGAUCCUUACUGGAAUGAGAGUAAGAAGAUGCCUCUUGAUACAGAUGCACGUUUUAGUCAUGGUUCAGAUUACAGUCGUCAGCAGAACAGGUUUAAUGAUUUUGAUCACAGAGAGCGGGGCCGAUAUCCAGAAGGUUCUGUUCCAUCGUCGUCUUUUGAUAGGCGAGAACGUUUUGUAAACCAAGGUGAAGCAAAAAAGACUCGCCCAACAGCACGAAGAGAAGAACCAGGAUUUGAGAGAUAUCCUAAGAACUUCAGUGACUCCAGAAGAAAUGAACCACCACAGCCACGAAGUGAACUUCGAGAUACAGACAGACGAGAAGUGCGAGGAGACAGAGAUGAAAGAAGAACAGUGAUAAUUCAUGACAGGCCUGAAAUACCACAUGGUCGACAUCCAAGAGAGCCUGGUUCAAAUCCACCUAGACAAACAAAUUGGAAGAGUGAGGGAAGCAUAAACACAGACAAACGGGAUGGCAGCAAUUUUUGCAGAGGCGAGAGGCCAGAUCGAUCAGGAAGAGAAGUGUCUGGACACGUGAGAGGUGCACCUCCUGGUAGCCGUAGCAGUGCUUCUGGGUAUGGAAGCAGGGAAGGAGAACGAGGUGUGAUGGGAGAACGAGGUGGAGGACAACACUACAGUGACGACAGACACGUUGUUGAACGUCACAGUCGUGAAACUGGACCAAGAAAAGAAUGGCAUGGACCUAGUUCUCAAGGAAGUGGGUAUCAUGAUACAAGGAGGAUGGGGGAUGGCCGUGGAGGUGGCAUGAUGUCUCCACAUACAAGUAACUCUUCACCAAUCAAUAGAGUUGUACAGAUCACAGGCAAUUCCAUGCAGAGGGGAAGUGGCUCAGGAUUUAAGCCAUUUAAAGGUGGACCUCCACGAAGAUUCUAA